ACCUAGAGGCAGCGAGUUGAGAAGAAAACUUGGAAACAACAUUGAUCAUGUUUCUGCCGCAAGAAUUGAUGAUCCAAAUUUUGCCAUGGUUACCAGUUAAGUCUCUGACACGCUUCAAAUGUGUUUGUAAGUCAUGGUUUUCUCUUAUCUCUCAUGAUUCCCAAUUUGCAAAUUCACAUUUUCAACUCACUUCCACCACAAGACCCAAUCAUAGAAUUCUGUUCUUGUCAAAUUUUCCCUUUGAAGCUCUAUCCAUUGAUUUUGAAGCAUUGCUUGACGAUGAUAGUGGAUCUGUUUCACUCAACCUUGAUCGUAUUUUUCCACAGCAUUUUACAGAUAUUGAAGUUGAAAUUAAAGGGUCAUGUAGAGGCUUCAUACUUUUAUGCCAUACCUUUGACCUCUACCUAUGGAAUCCAUCCACCGGAUAUCACAAACAAAUACCUAUAACUCCUUUUGGUUUCCAUUUAGAUUGUUUCUAUGGUUUUGGUUAUGACCAUUCAACCAACGAUUACUUGGUUGUUUUAAUGUUUCAGCAUGAUUUGUAUAACCCUACAUUACAGUUGGUGUACUUCUCAUUGAAAGGUAAUACAUGGAAACAAGUUGAGGGUCCUCACUACCGUUACACCAAUAGGAAUCGGGAAGAGCCCAAAGGCGGGUCUCUUUAUAACGGGGCUAUCCAUUGGUUGGCUUAUCAUGAUGAUUUACUAACCGAAGUUAUUGUUGCGUUUGAUUUAGUCGAAAAGAAACUUUCAUACAUACUUUUGCCGUGUGAUUCUGAUGGUAGUCCUUUGCAUUGUGGUUUAUGGGUAUAUGGAGAGUCUCUCAGCAUAUAUACUACUAAUUAUGCUACUAAUACAGUUGAUAUAUUUGUGAUGAAAGAAUACAAAGUGGAUUCGUCUUGGACUAUGACUCAUGCUCUUCCAUAUGACGUCAUCCCAAACGAGGUCUUUUGUCCGUUGUGUUGUACAAAAAAUGGUGAUAUUGUUGGGAGAGAUGAUGGCGGUGGAUUGGUCAAGUAUGAUAAAAAUGGUGAGUUUCUAGAGCAUCAUUCUUAUACUAAUGAUGAUCUUCCACGCCAGUGGACUAUGUAUAUAGAGUCUCUGCUUUCACUACCUAGUGAUGGUGACAACCAGAAAGCUUAAGAAGAUGACACAAACAACAAGUACGAGGUUGUGAAAUAUUCCCCUACACGAUUUUCUUGAUAUUUAUAUUGAAUUAGAGCUUGGGUCCUAUGGUAACAAUGAAGGUUGAUCCCAAGUGGCUAUGUAUAUAGAGUCUUUGCAUUCAUGGUGAAGUGAGAAAGCUUAUGAAUCAUAUGUUAGAAUGCAUUUGUAGGUACUAUGUGUUUGUUUGUUUGAUUGCAUCUGUAAUAUGAGUAAGUGUACCACAUGAGCUAAUGUAAUAUGUCAAUGUCAUGAAAUGGUUAUUGGUUAACUAUUUGUUUAUGUGAUUCACUGUUAUUUAUGCAUGUAGCUGGAUCAUAUAAGGUAAAUUAUUCUCAUGACUUUGAUUCAAAGCAAUUCACUAAAUAUUUGAUCAUAACUACAUAGGUAUUUGAAUGAAAUAGAAGGUUUUGUUCUCGAA